ACUUGUUGCUGUACCGUCACGCACACUCACACUUAAGCACAAACGCAGCCAUUACGUCAAUAUGGCAAACAAUCUGUCAAACGCGCAAUUACAACAACAACAGUUCGCCUGCAUUGACAGUUGGUCAAUAGGUCCAUACAUAAUUUGCAGGUCUGGGUGGUGAAGAUAACGCGAGGACGUAUCUGACGAGGAUCAGAAGAGGAUAAUCCGAGAAAAAUGCUGCCCCAAACCCCGCCACACGGAUUGAAGGUGAUGUCGGGUGCAGAGGAGAACCGACACUACCUGCGCGCCUUCAUCCAGACUUACAGGGAUCUGCCCGUGCUGUGGGACACUUCUCUUCGAGAUUACACCAAUCGGGAAAAGCGGGCUGAGGCUUAUCUUCGCCUGGUACCCAUAUAUCAUUAUCUCAAGAGGGACGCCACCGUGGAAGAUGUGAAAAAAAAGAUAAACACCCUGCGCACGAAUUACCGAAAGGAACUCAAGGUUGUCGAGAGUGCAAUGAGGUCGGGUAGUCUUCAUAGUCCCCGCUGCUGGACAUUCCAGGAGCUAGAUUUCCUGCGGAACUCAGAAAAGUUUCUGGCCGUCAAUCCCGCCUUCAAGAACGAACCCACCUUCUCGUUCAGCGAGGGAAGCAAUUGUACCAGUGCUUUUCUGGAGGGUCAAGGAGCUGUACUGCAUUAUCCUGCUCCGCGUGCAGGAGGACAGACACCCAAUAUCUCUGAGAUGUUCCAUAAAUCAUUUGGACCACCUCCAGCCCCACCGCCGGCAGUCAACCACUUAGACUAUGUGACCAACAAGAGAGCCAGACAAACACCACCCUGUUCAGGAGGAGGACCUAAUUCUUCAGGAGGAGGUCCAGGAACCACCGCAACCACCCACAACACCGACGACCUGCUGAACAUAGCCUGCGAAUAUCUGGCGGGCACUUAUCCCGAGGAGGAGUCUAUUGCCCGCACUUGGACGCACAAACUCAAAAGAUUACCCCGGGAACAGCGUCUCCUGGCUGAGCGCUUUAUCAACGAAAUUCUUUUCGAGGCCGAGUCCAACAAUCUGCAUCGCGGAUCCGUGCAAAUCAACAACAGCUUUGAGCCCUACGUUCGUUACGAGGAACCACCAAACGGGCACGAGGAACAAGACAAAUCCCAGAGUCCCAGCGUACACACCUCCAGUGAAUCCAAGCCCAAUGUGGCGGGAGCAGGCGGCGGAGGAACACCUGGCAGCACCACAAAUGCGGUCAUCAGGGAGUUCUAGUGUUUAGGUUAUUUACUAAGUGUUAUUAAGUUUUAAUUGGCCGAUGGCAAAUGACAUGACGUUAGCUUAACAAGUAGAAUCAACAAUAAAUAAACCUGUAAAUAAGA